AUGACGCUAAACCUGGAUCUGACUCAGGCAGCUGGCGCAAGUUCCGGUGACUCGUCAGUUCUGCUGCAGUGGAGAAACCUCUCCGUGAGCGUAGCCAGUGAUCAGAGUUUUUGGAAGUUUCGAAGUAAACCCAAGGAAAAGAAUUAUAUUUUGAAAGAUGCGAACGGCGCGCUUCGAUCAGGAGAUUUAAUGGCCGCUAUGGGUUUAAGCGGAUCAGGGAAGACAACAAUGUUGGCCGCUUUGUCGAUGCGCAUGACUGCCGAUUACGUCCAGGGCCAAGUGUUCGUUAACGGGCUGCUUGUGGGUCAAUCCGAGAUGAAGCGCUUGUCGGGUUUCGUGCCCCAGUUUGAGAUUUCCGUCAAUUCGUUAACAGUACGAGAGCAUCUUACAUUUGUGUCGAAGCUGAAGGGAGUGCCUCCGGCACAAAUGCGAACCAUAAUCAACGAGCUGAAUUUAGAGAAUUGUGAACACACAAGGAUCUCGCAUCUGUCCGGUGGUGAACGGAAAAAGGUAAAUUUGGCGGGAGAACUGUUGACGGGACCGCCUAUACUGUUCUGUGACGAACCAACCACCGGACUUGACAGUUUCAGCGCACUGUCCGUACUGAAGUCCCUGCACACAUUGGCUACGAAGCAUAGCAAAGCUGUGAUUUGCACCAUUCACCAUCCAACAUCGGCUGUUUUCGAGUGUUUCAGUGAUGUUAUACUACUACGGCAAGGACGGGUUACCUUUCAGGGACCUACGUCGGGAGCUAGGACAUUUUUCGAAGGCAUUCAGUGUCCACUGCCACUGAAUUCUAAUCCUGCUGACCACUAUUUUAAAUUAGUUUGUGAUACCGAAAAUCAGGCUGCACUUAGUUUAGCCCAACAAGCUCGACGAAGGCUAAUACAAGAGUUUCACUCUAGAAAUAUAACGGAAAAGUGCUCGACGCUAGAUAAUCUUCAAUGUGAUGUAGUUAGGAAAAUAGUCAAAAAAAAUCACCAAUCACGCUGGUUAACACAACUAAGCUUGCUGUUGCACCGUGGCAUCAUUGAUAGUGCACGCAGCAUUCGAGAGUAUGUGACAGUGACAAUGUUGUUCCUAAUUACCAGCGUAACCAUCUCGACACUUUACUUUCAAGUCACCCCGACCAACCAGACGGCAAUUCAGGACAUCCGUGGGGCACUGUUCCUCAUGAUCUGCGAGCUGCUGUACACCAUCAGCUACGCGGUGUUCUAUAUGUUCCCCCAGGAGCUGCCCCUGCUGCGCCGGGAGGUGGGCGAAAGGACGUACCGCCUGUCGGCAUACUACGCCCACAAGGCGCUGCUGACGGUGCCGAAAGCGUUCUUCGAAUCGUUCCUGUUCGUCGGAAUCAUCUACGGCAGCGUAAAGUUUGCGACCGGAUUUGCCACCUACCUCGGGAUGGCCACCGUCUGCUCGUUCGCCAGCCUGCUGGCCGUCGCUUACGGCUACCUGUUCUCGUGCAUCUGCGGUUCGGUGGAACUCUCAAUCGAGUAUGCCAACAUAAUCUUCUUACUGUACGCCCUGCUCGGCGGGUUGUAUCUAAACGUUCGAGCGUUCCCCGUCAGCAAGUUCGUUUCGUUCUUCUUCUUCGCCUCGGAGGGCAUUUCGGUGUACUACUGGCGGUCGGUCGGUAGCAUCACCUGUCCGGAGUCAGGACGAAACAGCACUACCUGUCUGCCGAACGGUCAAGCCGUCCUCGAGGACUCAGGCUACCGGACCACGCUGGAGGCCGUCUACGUGAACUAUCUGCUGAUGGUGGUCGAGAUUUUGUUCGUGCAUUUUAUCGCCUUUCUGAGCCUGCGAAGGUUCGUUCGAAGAGUGGGCUUCUACUAGCGCAGCCGAACCGGCGAAACAAAGGGCCUCUGUUUUAUCCUACCGGACGUACUACUUAUGCUUAGACUAGGCAAAA